GUAAUCAGCUGUGCUUUGCCCUGUUUUUAUUUGUAAAAUAACACGCAUUUUUAAUAAUUUCGUUUGUAUAUAUUCGCGCGUCUCUCUCACAAAUGCCUUGUUUCCUGUGCACUCAGAGUGUGGAUGAUGCGGUGGGUAAUAUAGAGUUUGCCUCGGAGGAAGCCGAUUCACUGGGCCUGCGGUGCAUCAUCGAGAAACACUUCUGGCUCCAGAUCCCUGCCUCAAGAGCCGGCUAUGUGUGCGGCCCCUGCUGGGAACAGCUUCUGCUCUUUCACAACUUUUACCUCAAUGUGGAACAAGCCCACAAAGCGCUGGAGCAAACUGUUUUGAAGGAGACAUCUCCGCCAGAAGUGGUUGCUUCCGCUCUAGAAGAGCACAUCGUGAAAAGCGAGCAUGACGAGAGCGUAGCCGCUGCCGUCAAACGCCGACGUGGACGUCCUCGAAAAGUCGCUCAACAGGAUGCACGCGAGGAGUUGAAGACCGUGCUGGAGCAAAUCAAUUUAAACGAAAUAAAAAUCGAGUUCCCCGAAGCUGACUUGACAAUUGCCGAUGUGCUUGAGGAUCAGGAGGAGCAGGAUUUCCUACCCGACGACUGCAUCAGCAAGGAGGGAGCAGAGGAGCCAGAGGAUUUGGAGAAGAAACCGCCGACGCUUAAGCGAAAGGUUAGCGAACGUUCAAGAGGUCGUAGACGUGUGCAAUUUGCAGAACGGGCCAAUACAAGCUGUCUGCCUAAAAUCCAGAAAUCACAAGAGUUCAAUGAAUAUAUUCGCGAGCACUAUAAAGUUCAGUGCCACAUCUGUAACUUGCCAAUGGAGGGCUUCUCCGAGAUGCUGGCCCAUGUACGACGGGAGCACAAGCAGCGCGGCUAUGCAAUGUGUUGCAACCGAAAGUUCUUUAAGCGGGGCGUUCUGGUGGACCACUUGCGCCGCCACCAGGACCCUGAAACCUUUAAGUGCUCCAUUUGCGAACGCGUGAUGGGCCACCGUCGAAGUCUUGAACUGCACAUGCGCAUGCAUGAGAUUAAGACGCGCGGACGACUAUACCACUGCGAACAGUGCUCCAAGAGCUUUUACAGCGCCGUCGUCUAUGAGCGCCACAAGCUGACUCACAUUCCUCGAGAGCAGUGGCAGGUCAAGUGCACGCACUGCGAGAAAACUUAUCCCAGUCAGUAUACGAUGCAGCAACAUGUUAAGCUGGUCCAUUUGAAUUUAUAUGCCAAGAUCUGUGAUGUGUGUGGAAAAUCGAUCAGAGGACGCGAAGCCUUGGCCAGGCACAUGGAGGAGCACACGGGAGGACCGCAGGCAGCAAUCAAAUGCCACUUGUGCGACUCAAUGCUAACCACCAAAUAUGGACUGGCCCGCCACAUAAAAAUGAUGCAUACCGCUGAGAACCUGCAGCCGAUGCAGUGCGAAUUUUGUCUUAAGAUUUCCCCCAGUCUACAGGCACACCAGCACCACAUCAAGUACACCCACAACACAGCGCGUAGUCAUCAGUGUCCGAUGUGCGAAAAGGCCUUCAAGAGACCAAACGAACUAAAGGAACACAUGACAACCCAUACUGGAGAGGUUUUGUACACAUGCCCCCAUUGCCCGCAGACCUUUAACUCAAAUGCCAACAUGCAUGCGCACCGCAAGAAGGUGCAUCGCAAGGAGUGGGAGGAGAACCGACACAAGCGACUGAAUCGUCCUCGCAAAUCAGACACCAUCAUCGCCGUCAGUGUUCGCAAGACCACAGAGACCAGGCAGGAUGGAGGAGGAAUGGUAACUGCAGAAGCGAUAGUAACUACCAGCAGCCCUCGAGCAGAAUGCUAGCCCUAGGUGACCUUUUGACGCAAUAAAAACCAAAUGGGACACCGUA